AUGUCCUAUCCGCAAUCACGAACGCCACGAGGGUCAUCAGAUCUAAACACCCGCUAUCGACGCAUCUCCUCUCACCAGCAACAACAGCAACAACGACAACGACAAGGACAACGACAGCCACCACAACUACAAAGACACUAUUCAGCCUCUACACCCGCAUGGACUUCUCAACCUGUUCCCGAACCACCACUCCUUCCACCACUGGUUGAUUUGGCCAACUGGAUCGCGUCUUUGCCGCAUAUUUCACAAUGGCCAUCUUUGUUGACUGACAGGCUGCUACUCGCGCCUGUGUCGGUGUUGUUGCAGUAUACGAGAGACUUUAUUCUCUCGCCCAAAACGCAUAGGAUCGUUGUGAGGCUAGGUGUGUUAGCGACGAUCUUUUGGAUUGCGUUGGCCGCUGCGAUCGUUAGUUAUAUCGGCUUUUACAGAGCUUGCGUUCCCGAUGUGGGUUUGAGGAAGGAAAUUUGGUUACAGUAUGGACAGGAUCGACCGCCCUACGCCGAGCUAGACUUUAUUGCGAGUAGCAGUUCUGUUCAGCUUAGAGAACCGGUUGCUUCCUCGUCUAAUUCGAACCCAUCGAGUGAUAUCGCAGGGGAAUACUUUGCUCAAGAUCAAGCAUACGAUGUUACACUGGAAAUCUCGGUUCCGCUCAACCAGGCGAAUUUGGAUCUAGGAAACUUUAUGGUCGAUCUGAAUCUCAAGAGUAAGGCUAAUAGAUCGGUGUUUCACGUUAGCAAACCGACCUUGUUGACCUAUUCCGCUGCUCCGGUCAGAGCUGCAGCGAGUGUUUCACAGAUGGUAUCGAGAAACCCUCCUUCGACGCAGGCUCCGACGAAUUCACAGCUCCUACGCAUUCCGUUGUUGAGGAGGGCCGUGCUGAGGCCAAGCUCUUUUGCUCCUCCUCUUUCGUCUACUCCGCCGGAUCCGCGAGCUGAUCGGAAGGUGACGCAUGGAAUGCUAAGCGUCGGCCGAGCAGAUGCGGAUAAGUUCUGGAUGUACGGUGGCAAUCAUAACACGCUAGCUGGUAUUCAGACUUUACCGGCGAAUGGCAAGAUCCUACCGCUGUCAGUGGGAUCUCAUUCGAGUAGAGGAGAGCUACAGACGUAUGGGGCUAGUUUAAGAUUCGAUGCGCAUCUGACCGGGUUGAGGUUCUUCAUGUACCAUUUCCCCUUGUUGAGCUUUGUUCUCUUUACAACGGCGUUUUUGGCGUUCGAGAUGGCUACUGCGUUGACGUUGUGGGCUGUAGCGGCGAUCUAUACCAGUGCAAUCACGGUGGAGACUUCGUUGGGGACUGAGGAACACUUUCAGGAGAAGCAAAGGUAUCGGAGGGAGGAGUUUGGGGUCAAGACUGAGAGUGACAGUGCUAGUGGAGAGGAGGAGGGGGAUGGGGAAAGGAGGAGAUAUAAGCAGGAGGAAGUGGAGGAGGCGGAAGAGGAGAAAGAGGAGACGGAGACUGAGACUGAAGCGAGGAGGAGGAAAGGAUAUGGGGCGAGGGCAAAGGUUGAGGAUUACGAUGAUGAGGAGAUGGAGAGGAAGAGGGAGGGGGAAGGGGAGGAGGAGAUGAGGUUGAGAAGUAUGGAGAGUUUGAGGGAGAAGGAUAGGACGGAUUUGGCAGAGGCGAUUAGGCAGUCGAGGAUGAGGGAUUUGUUGGAGGCGACGAGGAUGGGUGGGGUUGGCACUAGUGCGGAAGCGGCUGGGGGAGGAGUGAUGGAUAUUGUGGAUCCGACUUUGCCCAUUUCGGCGGAGGAGUUGUCGGAGAUUCAGUUGUCGAGGAGAGUUUUGGAUCGGUUGGAUGAGGAAACGGAGGAAGAUACGGAUGUGGCGAGUUCGAGGCCGUCGAGUAGGUUAGCGGCAGUUGGUGGGAGGCGUAGGGGAUCGGGAGAGGCGGAUAAUGGAGGAGAGGCGGAUCCUUGGGAGGAUUUGGAGGGCGAGUCUGCGUUGAGUGAGAGUGUGGAGGCGCAAAGACAGGUGAAAGGCGACAGUGAUGAGGGUGAUGGAGAUCAAGAUGAGACUAUUGGCGGUUCGACAACGUCGGGAGGAAGAACGGUGCGAUCGUUCGGAGCUACUACUCAAGCUACCACCGCUCCUGGGUCUUCUUCUACCCGACGCACAGAGUAA